AUGGAUAUCCUCAAAUCAAAUUUCAAAGAACUAUUACCAAGCAUUGAAGAAUCUAUUUUAAAUUGUGAUUUCGUGGCCAUAGACACUGAAUUAACUGGCUUAAGUGAACGUGUAGAACGGAUUAAAAGUUUUGAUGAUCCCGUUUCAAGGUACAAUAAAGUUCGAAUAGCAGCAACCAAGUUUCUUAUAAUUCAAUUUGGCUUAUGUACUUAUACAUACUCACACACUGAAGAUUGUUUUAUAGCAAAACCGUUUAACUUUUAUAUCUUUCCAGCAGAUUCUGAUAGGAAAGAUUAUCAUGACAUUUGUUUUAUGUGCAGUGGAUCAAGUUUACAUUUUUUAUCUAACUGUGGAUUUGAUUUUAAUAAAUUGAUUUCUUAUGGAAUACCUUUCUUAAAUUAUACGGAUGAAGAAAAACUUUUGCAAAGGAGAUCUGACAUUGCACAGAGACAAAUGGACAAUCCGGUGGAGGAUGAUAUGAGAGCAUCUGUAGAGAAUGCUAUUACAAUCAUUGAUGAUUGGCUACACAAUUCAACAACUCAACAAUUAACGAUAGAAACUCCAACGAUCAAAGAGAAACGUUUGCUUUUUCAAGAAUUUCGUGCAAGAUUUAUUGGUUAUGCAUCAGCAGACAGUAAACCUAAGAGUAUCUUGUUUGUACGGUUUACAAAAGAACAGAGAGAGAAAAAAUCACAAAAAGAUGCUGAAGAAGCUGUGGUUUCCAACAUAAAUUUUCGAACCAUAAUAGAGUUGUUGGUUAAAUCUAAAAAGCCAAUAGUUGGACAUAAUUGUUUAUUAGACCUUUGUCAACUAGUGCAUCAAUUUUGGAAAGAAUUGCCUGAAAAAUUAAAGGAUUGGAAAAAUACCAAACACAUAGCAGCAAGUAAUCAUAAAUUACAAGAACUUAUUCCAAGAAAUGGGGUUCAAGAUAUCUUGGAAAUUGUUCAAACUGAAAAUUUUGAGAAGAUAGCUCCCAAAGUUGGCAAGUAA